AUGCCAGCCUCGGAGCCUCUCAGCCGGGGCCCGGAUGAGGGCCCGGAAGAUUGGGGGGCCGCUACUCGUUCGCCAUGGGGCAGCGGGAGAAGGGUCCCACAGGCUCGAGCCAAGAAGCUGCGGCAGAAGGUGCAGGCGAAGAAAAGUUUCAAGAAAGACUUCAAGCCGAACAAACCAACCCUGUCCACUCCAACCCGUGAUCGUUCCUACGCGCCUGUCGGGCAGUGCCCUUACGACAGCAAAUCUCUGAUCCUCGUGGUGGGCGAUGGGGAUUUUUCCUUCGCUAGGGGCCUAGCGAAGAGGAUUGGGUCAGGAGAGAAGUUGUAUGCUACAUCGCUGGAUUCUUCGCAAACCGUCUUGCAAAAGUAUAACUCGGCGCCGGCGAACCUACAAUUCCUUAAACAGGCGCAUGCUAAUAUUCUCCACAACGUCGAUGCAACGAAGCUGGAAAGAUCCUUCAAGAGCGAGCGGUUCGAUCGAAUCAUUUUCAACUUCCCCCACUGCGGGGACCAGCGCGUCCAUCUCAACAGGGAGCUCCUCCUCAACUUUUUCAGGAGUGCCAGGGACUUCCUGAGAGACGAAGGACAAAUCCACGUCACCAUUAAGGUGAGACCGCCGUACUCGGAAUGGGGUGUAGAGGAGAGAGCGAAAGAAGCAGGGCUCAUCCUCCGCAAGAUUAUUCCUUUUGAUCAAAGAUUGUAUCCGGGGUAUCGACAUCAGACCACCAAGGCUGAUGCCAAGACUUUCGUCGCAGCCAGCGAGCAGGAGGCAAAGUUGUGCAAGACCUUCGUCUUCGUCUCUGUCAAGAAACCUCCUCCGCCCCCUGAAGCUCCAAAACCUACAAGCGGCAAGGAGGGAAGCGCAGAUACCAAGGAGAAGGUUGACCCAACGAGUUUCUGGGAUAAGAAAACGCUGGCAGAAUUGUCCAAGGAGAUCCAAGCGAUGGUGACACAUGCGGACAAGGGUGGAUGGGGUGGAGCGGAGGAGAAGUACAAGGAUGUCGACAAGGAGGAGGAUAUCGAUGACCAAGACAUCGACGCGACUCUCGACCAGGAGGAAGCACAGCAUCUCUCUCGUGCUGGCUGGAAAGGACUACUAAAGGCCUUUGGGGAAGAGCUGCCAAGAUCCGCUGGAAAGGAGCCGAACGCGUCAGCAUCACACAAACUUCCCUCCUUGCGCCUCGCAGGAGAUGGGAGGAAGCUCAUAAAGGCCCUCUGCUACCGGAGGUCGUCGAUGGGCAUGAUGGUUGAGAGUCAAAACGGGAUUGACUGGUCUCACCUGAUUGGGGGGUACCCAGUCCUUGACACCAUGGAGGAGAAGCUCGAUCUGGUGUCGGAGGUGUCCUCUGAAAAAUAUAGCAGUGAAGCUCCAGUAUGCACCGACACGUCCUCAGCUGUUGGCAAGUUCAUGGAGCUGAGCAGAAAUUCGCCAAGCGGAUGA